CUGUCCUACUUUUGCCUGAUGCGAUUGCCGUUGCGUUUCGAGGAUGAGGACGGAUAUCCCACAAUGCUCUGCCUGACAGAGUCGUGAAUGGAUGCAGUUGCGUGUUCCUAUACAGUCCGUCUUCGUGCGCGUCUCCGCCAGACAGACCGACAGAUAGAUAGAUAGAUAGAUAGACAGACAGACAGACAGACAGAUAACGUUAGACAGAUAGAUCCUAUGAGGUGCAUUUCAAGAUAUAUCGGACGGGACCUUUAAUCCCCCUGAGAGGAGAGAGGGGGGUCCACUCACUGCCGACUGGAGCAUGAUGGACCCCCUGACCGACACACGCGCGUCUCCGGGUGGGCGCAGCGUCACAGAAGCCGCCAGUGAGGACAAGGCGGACGUUCAGAAGCGCGGCUGCGGUAGAGAAGUGCCGACCGGCGGCAGCGACAUGGAGGAUCCGCUUGAGGACAAACUGAAAGGUCUGGCGUUCAGGAAACAAAUCUCGUACCGGAAAGCCAUCUCUCGGUCCGGUCUGCAGCAUUUGGGCCCAUCCCAGAACCCUUUCUCUACCCUGAGCAAUGGACCGGUCAAGGAGCUUCGCACCACGAUGGAUUGGAGCGAGAACGCUGUCAACGGGGACCACCUGUGGCUGGAGACCAACUGCUCUGGGGACCUGUGUUACCUGGGCGAGGAUACAUGCGUGGUCAAGAUUUCAAAGUCAGCACCCCGCAGGAAGUGCGCCGCCUGUAAGAUUGUGGUCCAUACGGCUUGCAUCGAGGAGCUUGACAAGAUUAACUUCCGUUGUAAACCCACAUUUAGAGAAGGCGGCUCUCGAUGCCUCCGAGAUCAGAACGUUUUGAGACAUCACUGGGUCCACCGACGGCGACAGGAGGGGAAGUGCCGACAAUGCGGCAAAAGUUUUCCACAGAAGUUCUUCCAUAAUAAGGAGAUUGUGGCCAUCAGCUGCUCGUGGUGCAAGCAGGCAUUCCACAACAAGGUGACAUGCUUCAUGCUCCAUCAGAUCGAGGAGCCGUGCUCUCUGGGAGCUCACGCGGGGGUCAUCAUCCCACCCUCAUGGAUUAUCAAAGUUAGGAAACCCCAGAGCUCCUUUAAAAACUCCACACGGAGGAAAAAACGGACGUCCUUCAAAAGAAGAACCAGCAAAAAGGGCACCGAUGAAUCGAAAUGGCGUCCGUUCAUGUUGAAACCGAUGCCCUCUCCUCUUAUGAAACCGGUGCUGGUGUUUGUCAACCCUAAAAGUGGAGGAAACCAGGGGACGAAGUUGUUGCAGAUGUUCAUGUGGAUUCUGAACCCUCGGCAGGUGUUUGAUCUGUCUCAGGGCGGACCGAGAGAAGCGUUGGAAUUGUACAGAAAAGUGCCAAAUCUUCGUAUCCUUGCCUGUGGGGGAGAUGGAACGGUGGGCUGGAUUCUGUCAGCCUUAGAUGAACUUCAGAUGAACCCGCAACCUCCUGUAGCUGUGCUUCCUCUCGGUACAGGAAAUGACCUCGCCAGGACACUCAACUGGGGAGGGGGUUACACAGACGAGCCCGUGUCCAAGAUCUUGUGUCAGGUGGAGGACGGUACUGUGGUCCAGUUGGAUCGCUGGAAUCUUCAGGUAGAGCGAUCGUCUGUUCAGCCCGAGGACGGGUCACAGAAGCUUCCUCUGAACGUGUUCAAUAACUACUUCAGCCUCGGAUUUGAUGCACACGUCACUCUGGAGUUUCAUGAGUCAAGAGAAGCAAACCCCGAGAAAUUCAACAGUCGCUUCCGUAACAAGAUGUUCUAUGCAGGGGCGGCAUUCUCCGACUUUCUCCAGCGGAGCUCCAGGGACCUGUCCAAGCACGUCAGGGUGGUGUGCGAUGGCACAGACCUUACACUCAAGAUUCAGGAACAGAAGUUUCAGUGUAUCGUCUUCUUGAACAUACCCAGGUACUGUGCCGGUACCAUGCCCUGGGGUAACACGGGUGACCACCGAGAUUUUGAGCCCCAGAGGCACGACGACGGUUGCAUCGAGGUGAUCGGAUUCACCAUGGCUUCCCUGGCGGCGCUGCAGGUGGGCGGCCACGGUGAACGUCUGCAUCAGUGCAGGGAGGUGGUUCUCACCACGUUCAAGACGCUACCCGUGCAGGUGGACGGCGAGCCGUGCCGCCUGGCGCCCUCCACCCUCCGCAUAUCCCUGAGGAAUCAGGCCAACAUGGUGCAGAAAAGCAAGAGACGCACGUCUGUGCCUUUGCUGAACGACAUUCAGAAAGUGUGCGCAGCCGACCUGCGCCGCCUCUCUGCUCCCCCCGACUCCUUCUCUGUCCCGCAUGCAGUCCCCGACCGUCUGCGACUGCGCGUGAACCGUAUCAGCCUGCAGGAGUAUGAGAGCAUGCAGUUUGACAAAGAACGCCUUCGUGACAUCUCUACUCCGGUUGGCAUUGUGGUGGUGAGAGGCGACUGUGACCUAGAAACAUGUCGACUUUACAUUGACAGACUGCAGGAGGAUUUGCAUCAAGCGCCCUCUGCUGGCCACAGAGUACAUUACCAGGACGAGAGCACAGGCUUGCCGCUGCCUAGUUCAACACACAGGCUUUCACCAAGCUGGAGUUUCCUUGACUCUACAUCAGCUGACCGUGUUUAUCGCAUAGACAAGGCUCAGGAGCAUCUUCACUUCGUGACUGAAAUUUGUCAUGAUGAGGUGUUCAUCCUGGACCGCGAGGCCCCAGCGGUGAGCCGGCUACCUGGAAUGCCGGAUGUUGUUGUGGAACCCAGCUCAAGCAUUCCCCUCACCUCAGAGGAACAAGCUCUACUGUCAGCAGCUAUCAAAGGAGAGCUUACUACGGUGUCCAGCUCCUGCAGCGGCGGGGUCAGUCUGUUAGCACGGGACACGAUGGGCUGCACUGUUUUGCAUUUGGCCGCUCAACACGGUCACACUGACGUCGUGAGUUUCAUUCUAGAACAUGGUUCAAAGCUUAUGUUGGAUUUAACAGCGAAGGAAACAGGAGACACUGCUCUGCACAAAGCUGCUGCCCAGCAGCACCAUGAUGUGUGCAGACGCCUACUGGAGGCCGGGGCUUCCCUCCGGCCAAACUUCCUGGGAAAAACGCCUAAGGAUUACGCCCUGGAUGCUGGGAACAUCGAGCUGGCGUCCCUUCUGGAGAGCCAGACGUCGGAUCAGCCCGUGGCACAUGAAGAUCUUGAGACGGCUGUAUGAAUGGGUUUUACUGCACCCGGUGUUGUAUUUGUACCCACAGACGGGUCUGCCAGCGCUCCUCCGAGCAUUAGAGAGCACGCUCUUGCUCGCAGAGAGAGAACAAGAGAGCGUGAAGGAGAAAUACAGAUGGAAAGAGGAACGGCUAUGGAGACGACUCGGGUCGCUUCUCUAGAUGAAGAAAGUCUAGGAAACGUCUAGCUGUUGUUUUCCACUAAUGUCACUGUGGAGUUUAGAAUGUUUUAUUUUUGGGGGGAGUGGCUUUGUUCUAGGAUUUUAUUUAUUUAUUACUCUUAUUUAUUGAACUAUUUAUUCAUUGAUGGGUUUGGUUUUAUUCUCAAAAAGCCUGCGCCUGUUGUUUGCCAACACGGAUCACAGGUUAGUUUUUAGAGAAACGCUUGCGAGUGAACUUUGUGUGCCAAAGACGCACGGGACGCUGAGGAUGUUGUUAUGCUGUAGAAAUCAUUCCAGCAGAUCCUUGACAAACCCGAAGAGGUUUGUGUUCGUUUCAGGGGAAACUUCCUUCAUUUUUAGAUUUUAAACUCAUACCCCUGAAGCUGUUAACUCUUAAAUCUUCAUCACUGCAUAACAACUUUACACGUUGGGUUCUUUUGCAUUUGUGUGCCGUUACAGUGGUGUGAUUGUGAAAAUAUCUUAUAAAACUGAUGAAAGAUCUGAGCCAUAUUCAAUGCAAUAUGAAUGGAUGACAUUUGUGCAUUUCUCUAUUUUCUAUUACAUUACAUUAAUGUUUCAAGACGACGAAAUAAGUCUCUGGUGAAAGAAUGGGUGUGGUUUUCUCAUUGAUGGCAGCUUAUUGGUUUUUUGCUCCUUUGAAAUGCCAAGUUGCUGAUUGUAAAAAGACAGAAUGAACCAUGUAAAGACAAGUAAGAGUAUUUAAACACAAGAGUUCAGUGGCAUUUUCUCACACUCAUGUUAACAUUUCACAGUCCUUUAUCACGUCACGUCAGAAAUGACCGGACAAGCAUGACACAGCUGCCAUAGGAACACGCUGAGGCUUCGUGAGAUGAAUUUACAUAUGAGUGAUCUGUUGUGAAAUCUUGUAUUAUCACUUGAGAUUGUUUAGCAUUAUCGUGCAUGGAUUUUUGUUACCUCUCUGGAUGUUUCUUCUCCCCUAAUUAUAUAAGGAAAUGGCAUUAUUUCUAUUUUAAAGUAAUGAAAUAUGAAAAUCGUA